AAACAUUCACUACUUGAUGAUUCAUUACGAUGGUGGGACUCGAUAAAAACCCUUUCAGUAGCCUUAUUUUAUUACUUUUUAACGACAAUAUCACUAACGUGGCGUAUCGUUGCACAGAUUUUCUACCAUAUAUUAUAUUUGCGCAAUGAUAACUGUCGUUAAAAGUUAUAAGAUAGGCCUACAGAUAUCUGUAGUUAGCUGAUCUAUAGCAUUGUGAUAAUGUUUCUUCCACUAAUGCAUACGCUUGGAGCAUGUGUUUGCGUAAGAGCAUGUAUGUACGUCACGUACAGUACGUGUUCGAAAUCGAUCAGUUGUGUUAUCACACGCAAGUCAGGCGCAUGUGCUUGCGCCACCAUGUCGACUAAACCAGGAGCUGACACCGUGAAUUUAGCAGAAGAGUAAACAUAGAACGCAGAUUAAGAAAUGGAAAUAAUGAUGGUGAUGGAAAUGAUGGAUCACAGUGCAGAUGGCACAAGAAGUCAAGGAUUGUUAAAGUUCCACGAGUCAGAAGGAACUCUGAGGGAUGUUAAACAUGUAUGCGAAUUAAAUACAAAGAUAAAAGCGAGGUCUUCACAGAGGAUUACCUGGUGAGCAAGGAGCCAAUCACGCAGUUCAAAGCAUGGUUUGAGGAGGCAUGCAAUAAUUCGCAAAUUCUGGAGCCUAACGCAGUACUCAUCGGAACAGCGACGAGAGACGGUGUCCCGUCAGUGCGCGCAGUUUUGUUGAAGAGUUUCGGCACUGAAGGCUUCACGUUCUACACGAAUUACAACAGCAGGAAGGGCCGCGAGAUAGCUGAAAAUCCACACGUCGCACUCACUUUUUACUGGGAGCCGCUUCGACGAAGCGUGCGUAUCGAAGGGAUCGCGGAGAAGACGUCAACGGAAAACUCGGAUUAUUAUUUUCAAAGCCGGCCGUACGAAAGUCAGAUCAGCGCUGCGGCCAGCAAGCAGAGCAGCGUGGUAGCUAGCAGAGACAGUCUCAUUGCGGAAAAAAACAAACUUCUCGCGCAGUUUCCAGAAGGUCAAACUAAAAGACCGGAUUGCUGGGGUGGUUAUCUUGUUGUGCCACAUUCCAUAGAAUUCUGGCAAGGCCAGGACGAUCGUCUUCACGACAGAAUACGCUUCAGACGUCCGAAAGCGAAUGAGAAAGUUGACAAUGUCCUUGUGCAUGAAGGAGAGGAUGGUUGGGUUUACGAAAGACUGUCACCAUAAAAAAUACACGGUAUUUAUUAUCGUUAAAAGAAAAUAAAAAGUUGAAUGAUAUAUAUACGACCGAAAGGGAUGAUGAAUAAUUAGCUUACUCUCGCAAUGUUCCUCUGCGAGAAAUCGGGCAAUAUUAAUUACUGCAACGAAUACCUCGUGUUUCCAUGAAGACAAUAAUGUACGUCGAAAGAAUCAUGUAAUAUAUAGCUUCAAGACAAGAAUCUUGUUUUAUGCAGUAAAGAUGCAAGUUCCUUAA